AGGAUGUUUUAAUCAUUCACACUACAGAUCGAUUCGAAUAAACAUUUCUACAGUUUUCAACUUUAAAAUGAUGAUAUUCAUUUUGAGUAGGCGUAUGGCCCAACGAAAAAAAUUAAGAAGGACUAUCACCAAAAGACGAAAAAUGACUCAGAAGAAUCCAAGUCCAUGGUUGAAGAAACAAACCAAGCUACUACAAAUUAAAAGAUUGGAAGAGAAAAUUGCAAAAGUCAUAGCUGCUAUAGAAUUACUGUACACUUGUAACCAUAGAAUUUCAUUGAAGAAAUUACUUUGUAUUUUUAUAACUCUGGUAUCCAUAGUGAUUAUCAUGGCUAACAACUACUGGAUUACACAACUUGAUAUUUUCGGAGAAUUUGAUAGGAUGAAUGUGUCUCCAAAACAACGUGACAAGAUGCCAUCAAAGUUAUUUUAUACAAAUAGAUCGGAAGAUUGAUCUAUACAGUUUUCAAAUCAUCAAGCAAAACAACCAUGAAAAAGAUCUGUAAUUAAUGAGAUGUAAUUGAAAUUUGAUUACAUACUUUAUACGUCAUUCUAAGAGAGUUACAAACAUUGAAAACUAUUUUCUAUAUCAAUUAAAAUUAUUAAUCAAUACUACAGUGCGUACAUUAUUUAGAUUAACCUCUAUACAUGUACAUGUAUUUCUAUUAUAUUCAAGACAGCGAAGACAGCUAUGGCUUUCCAUAUUUUAGGUCUGCGCAGCGUCAUUGUAUAAUCUUGUAUGUCGUAGCGGCAGCGUAAGAUAAUCUCAAAAGGUAAAUCAAUAUUACAAAAGUUAUCCAAUUAUAAAUCUGGGGUUUUGCUAAAUUAAAGGAAAUUGAAAGACUUCAUCUUAAAUUUUGUAAAAAGAUAUUAAAUGUAAAAGUUAAUUCAUGUAAUGUUGCUGUGUAUGGUGAAUUAUUACGUUAUCCUUUAUAUAUUUCAAGAUAUGUUAAUAUUUUAAGAUUUUGGUUUAAAAUGCUUCAGACAGAUAAUAUCAUUCUUAAAAAUGUAUAUAACAUUGCUCUUGAAAACUGUAAUAAUGGUAAGAAAAAUUGGUUAUCAAAUCUUAAAUUGUUAUUUUUGUAAUCAUGGUUUUAGUGAUAUUUGGCUGUAAAAAGUAACAUAUUUUUACCAAUAUUUAAGCAAAGGGUAAUUGAUUGUUUUUAUAAAGUUGGCUUUCUGGUAAAGAGAGCAGUCCUUUUUUGUAUCUGUAUACGAGUAAUCAUGUUAAAGAUUCUUUUGUAUAUGAAAACUAUCUUGAUAUAAUACCAAGUACUUUAAGGAAGUAUCUUACAAGAAUUAGAAUAUCUUCGCAUUCAGAACAUGUACAAACUGGUAGGUUUCAUAGAAAUAGAAUUGUUAGAAAUGAAAGAAAUUGUUUAUAUUGUAAUCUACAUGACGUCGAAGAUGAAAUCCAUUUUAUUUUAAUUUGUUCUUGUUAAUUUGAUAUAAGAAAAAAAUAUAUAGAGGAUAUUUGUUUGUUUGUGUG